AUGUCAGCGCUCAUCAGAGUUUCAGAUAUAAGUUACAUCCUCCUCUCCUCAAUUUGCUCCAAUACUUCAUUAUCCUCCUACUGCUAUGCUAACCGGGCGGGUGUCUUCGACAAACUGACCUCCACCACGUAUGACGACACGGCCAUCCGGCUGACCAUCAACGAUGGAACAUGGGGACCACUGCACUUUGGCGCUGUCACCGACAACCCCAUCUACGGCACCGCCAAGUGGGCUCUCGAUUCGAUCGAUAUCUCGGGGGUCAUGGUCCCGAACGUCAGUCUGAACGUGGUGGACCAGGGGUACCAGAUAUACCCGGAUGGGACCAAUUACCCUCUCGAGCUUGAAGUCCUCUCCCUGGGAGCCCCCAGCCUACAACAGCAGUUCGCGAACCGAGGACAGGCCACCAUUAACGGCACCUUUUUCGACCGUUACCUGUUCACCUCCGGUGGCGGUCAGGCGAUCCCCUCCUACUCGUACGGGAUGCAUAUCGGCACGCCCACGUACAACCUGGCGGGGUCCUUGCUGCUGGGCGGGUACGAUCAAUCCCGCGUGCUGGGGGAAGUCUCGUCCCAGCCAUAUUCCGAUGAUGGAGGGUUCCCAAUCAAGCUCCGCGACAUCAGUCUCGGAGUGGUCCGCGGAGGCUCGCCGUGGUCUUCCUCAACCACGAACAGCACCACGAACAGCAACCCCACAGGUCUUCUGGCCGCCGGCAACUCCUCAAUUACCUCCAACGAAAUCACCGUCUACUCCAGCCCCGGGGACUCCUAUAUCUAUCUCCCCCAAAGCACCUGCGACGCCAUCGCCGCCCACCUCCCCGUCACCUACCAGAGCACCCACGGCCUCUACAUCUCGAUCACCUCAAAUCCCGCUUACCGUAGCAUCAUCACCUCACCCAGCUACCUAGCCUUCACCUUCGCCAAGGACAACUCCAACCGCGCCAACAUCACCAUCAAGAUUCCCUUCGCCGUGCUGAACCUCACCCUAACCCCACCCUUGGUCGCCCAACCGACCCCCUACUUCCCCUGCCGGGGCACCACCACCGCCGGGGCCGUCUACGCCCUCGGCCGCGCCUUCUGCAGGCCGCAUUUCGGCAGUGGCACGGGCAAUUGGUUCCUGGCGCAGGCGCCCGGCCCCAAUCUGCAGACGCCGUCGACCACCGUCAUCCAGCCCGAGGAUACCACUGUCCUUGGAUCAGACAAUGGUUGGGAGGAUAGUUGGUCCGGGGUGUGGACGGCGCUCCCGGUUGCGACUGUUGCCGCGUCCGCUUCCGCUUCGACGACGAAUACCACCACCAAUGGACGUUCAUCUUGUGGGGAUUGCAGCACUGAGACACUGUCGACAGGUGCUAAGAUAGGGAUCGGCGUCGUCUGCGGCGUGGUAAGUAUAGGUGCGACCGUCUUGUUCACGCUGUGGUACGUUACUCGUCGUCGUCGUGCCUCUCUUGAUAAGGUUGGUAGUGAUGGAGGAGGCGAGGAUUGGCCGGAUUCGAUGCAGGGUCCGCACUGGGCGGGUUAUGAGCUUACGAGUACUCUUAUUGAUAGUCGGCCCGGUGGUGGUGGUGGAUGGCCAGCGGGUCCGUCGCGGGCUAAACCCCCUGUCGAGCUUGGUGUAUAUCGGAACGAAGGACCGCAUGAGAUGGGAUAG